GAGCAGCAGUUCAACCAGUUAGAACUGGUCCACACCCAGUUUACUUUCAGUUUUCACUCGGGACUUUCCACGCCAGGCAAGGUUUGCCAAGAAACCAUGGCCAAUAAACUGGACAUUUCUCUGCAUGAGGCGUCACUCAGCAUUGUGAGAAGAUGUGGAGCCGAUCUGUGUGAAAUCAUCGAUAGUAAAUUUGGAUGUGUGGCCACCAUCGAGGGUGUGGAGAAUGAGAGCAGGACUUCAUACCUGCAACCGCCAGCAACCAUUAAACCAGAGAGAAGAUAUGAGUUCACGAUGCGUUCAGGUGUAAAGGUUUCUGUGUGGAAAGCUGAUCUCACCAGUUUCCUUGCUGAUGCUGUUGUGAAUGCUGCUAAUGAAGAUUUAAAUCACUGUGGAGGCCUUGCUCUGGCUCUGUCUAAAGCUGGGGGUCCUCAAAUCCAAAUGGAGUCUGCUGAUUAUAUUAGAAAGCAUGGUAAAUUACAAACUGGGGAGGCAGUAGCUUUGGGUCCAGGGUCACUACCAUGCAGGAAGAUAAUUCAUGCUGUGGGUCCAUAUCUGCCACCAAAUCCUCCCAAAUAUGAUAUAAGUAAAGCUAAGCCUUUUCUGGAAAAAGCCAUCAAGAGUAUUCUCGACAAAGUUGAUAAAUUCCAUCUGGUGACUGUUGCCAUUCCUGCUAUAAGCUCUGGGUUGUUCAACUACCCACUGCCAGAAUGUGCACACACCAUAGUGUCAACUAUAAAAACCUACUAUGACAACCUGUCUUACCAGAACCAUCAUCCCAAAGAAAUUUUCCUUGCCAACCAUGAUGAUCCCACAGUGCAGGAAAUGGAGAGAGCUUGCAAUUGGAUAUUCGGUUCUCAGCAAAAGCAAACUUACAGCAAUGCUGUAGCACAAAAUACCCGAAGCGCCGGAAACGCCCAACAACCUUCAGUCAAGAUCGGAAAUGUCCUUCUCACUCUGAAGAAGGGGAAAAUUGAAGAGGAAAACGUAAGAAUUAAU